AUGGCCAAGAAUCUAAGCCGAAUCGUGUCCAAAGCCAUCACAGAUGAAACUGCGGAGGACACCUCCAGUCAUGGCAAGCACGGUCAUGUCAAGAGCAUUCCCGGGGAUUAUAAUGGCCAUACAAGAAAAUCUAUCAACGCUGACUUUAGGGCCUCCUACAAACAUCUUGCCAAAUCCAAUAAUGAUGAUAAACAAAGCCCGAAGGCCGAACAGACGAUGACUGAGACCCGUGUUCGCUCUGUCUCUCCAAAGAUUCUUCUCCUGCCGGCGGCCAAGAAGGAAGAGGAGGAAGAGGAAGAUGAGGAGGAAGAGGAAGAGGGAGAUGAGCAAGAGGAAGGAGAAGAGCAAGUGGAGCAAGUGGAAGAACCCAAUAAUCGUGCCUUGAUCCGUGCUCCCCCGCCCAGCCGAGCCCAAUAUUACACUCCAGUACUAAGACCAUCAUCUCGAAAAUCAUCAGCUACGCCCGCUAAGGCCCAUGCCUUAAUAUCAAGGGCGAUGUCUGUAUCUACAGUAUCCCGCGAACCUUCACCCACAGCCAGUAUCGGAUAUCGUCGCCGAUGUCUUGAAGUCGAGACUACCGAAGAGAUAUCAACGCCUAGUGAUAGCUCUGAGGAGGGCUCCAUCAUUGUCAGAAGAAUCUGCACCACACUGACCGAAGAGAUGUUUACUACCCGUGGUGGUGAUGUGCCCUACCCCUCUCUCUCCAACUACGACUCCUCCGAGGCCAGUUCAGACUUUGAGUCUGACUCUGGCUCAGAUUCUGAGCGAGCAUCAAUCUUCUCCGAAGACACAUGCUACACCGACGAGGACACUCCUAGUGAAACGGACUCGGACGAGUUGUCCGAUGAGGAGGAAGAGGAAGAGGAAGAACAAGAAUACGAAGCCAAGUCAUACUCCAGGGCCGAUAGCAGCGGCGAGGAACCCCUCAUUCCCGACUGCAACACCCCAAAGAUAAUUGUGUCCAUCGGUCCUGCAAAACACUGCAAAUGGCGCGUCCAGCCAUCCAAGGGCUGUACCUACUCGAUUCCCCAGGAUCUCCCCGAGAUCAAGCCCAGAGGAAGCAAAUCUAAGUGGAAGGCGACAAAGGUGUACGGAGUGGCGUUUAGAGAUGAUGACAGGGGACCAGAGGUGCUCAGGGGUAAAAACUCGCUAAGAAUUUAUGUGAAGAUUGGGUGGAAUGACGGUGAAGAGACUUGGGAGAGGGGCGCAGACGCUAAAAUGUUGAUUGCGAAACAUAUUACAACGGACAUAAGCGCUGAGGAUUAUCUGUAUAAGGCGGCAGUAGCGUUUGAGAAAAGGGCGGAUAGGUUCUUGGAGGCCAAUAAGCAUUGGAGGUAUAAUAGGUGA